UGAUCGUUAGUGUUAUCAGUCUGAUUACAGUACUCCAUUCUCACCAAAGUAUGCGCAACCAUCUCGUAGCAAUGAUAAGUCAUACUAGACGAGUAUGUCCCGUUUCUCACCAAACCUCGCCCUAUCGACCACCCCAUCCCACAGACGGUGCUCUACUGUUUGACGACUGGUUAGUACUGACCGGACUCAUCGCAGCCUUUGUCAAGUGGUUCCUGGAAACGUUUGGCGUGAUGGUCAUGCGCGGUAACUGUAUCGCAAUCAAAGUGAUGGAUGCGGCGCAGUACACCACUCUAACCAUUGCUAACGCCGGGCACAGAGCCAAUUCCUGCUUGUCUGGCUGGUGCAGGCGGAAGUAGCUGAUACUGAUAUGGGCAUUGUAUGUACACUUUAUAUCAAAUUAACUGUUCUAUGGCUACAUGACUACUCGAGAGAACGAGAGCGAGAGUUUGGUUCGUUGCACUGUGACUUCGUAUUGGAAACAAUUGAGCGCUGAAAUUACGUCUGGACGUACCUGGUAGUGCUGCCACAGCCGCAAAAGUUAAUUGAAAGACAUUGUUCAAUCAGUAGCAUUUGCCUGUGGCAUCGAACUCGCCAUCUCCCGCCAGACAGUAGCGAUGACUCUGGCAUCCAAGUGGGUGUACAAGUCACCUUGGCGUUGUAUGUCAUCGUACACGUACUUCAUGGGCAUACAUUUGUAUGCUUAUAAUACAAUACAUGCAUUUGUAUACAUUGGUAUGCUUAUAAUAUAUGCAAGUUUGUAUACAUUAUUUUUCUUAUAGAAUAUGUAUUUUCCUAUACAUAUGUAUGCUUGUAAUAUAUGUAUCUUUGAAUGCAUUUGUAUACUUAUAAUAUAUGUAUGUUUAUAUACGUUUAUAUAUCUGUACCAAUUUGCAUGCUUAUAUACACAUACUUUUAUAUUUUUGUGCACUAUUGUAUGCUUAGAAUAUAUGUAUGUUUGUAUACAAUUGUAUGUUUAUAAUAAAUUUUUGUUUGUAUAAAAUUGUAUGUAGACAAUAUAUUUAUGUUUUUAUACAAUUGUAUAUAUAUAUAUAUAUAAUAUGUAUGUUUGUAUGCAUUUGUAAGCUUAUAAUAUAUGAAUGUUUUAUAAACAUAUAUAUAUAUACAUAUUGAUAUAUAUAUAUAUAUAUAUAUAUACAUACAUAUAUAUAUAUGCAACACAAGUUUCAAAUUCAUCGCUAUCUCUAUACGACGGCGGCCACAAGGAGGACCCGACACUUGCAGUCAUUCAUAGUAUGAAACUAGUGUCCGCACGACGAUGUACAGUUUGCGUUAGUGCAAGUGUUUGUGCUUGAGUAGGUAGUACUGGUGUUUAUUUUUGUACUUGAUCCCAGAACGGAAUUGAGUUCCAUAACCUUAUUUUUAUAGCGGUAUUGUCAGGUAUUGUCAAAAGACUUGUGUACAGGAGGGGAGGAGCAUAAACUCACUUUAAAUAACACGAACGUUAAAUUACAGUGUUCCUAGUGUACGUUCAGUGUAUUUCCUAUUAUAUUAAUUGCAUUCUCAGCUACUAUAUGUAUGUACUCUUGUGUUGUACGUCCGGCACUUUCUGCGGGAACAUCAUGCUAUUCUCACAACUUCACAUAGUACUUGAUACCCUUUAAAAGUGUUAGGUUCGUGCAUGUAUUACGUAGAGAAAGUUGCUGCACACGUAACUUCAGAAGCAUGAAUCGAGUACUAAGAUCAAAAUAAACGUUCUGUGACAAUAAGUCUACCCCCUAUUAGAAUGAUUUUAGAUGCAAGUGGCAAGCCUCAUAAGCCAUGCUGCCUCUGGGUUUGAUGUAGAUAGUAUGUCCGGCAAUCUGUCCAGGCUGGACGCCUUUGGUUGAGAACGAAAUGGCCCUUCGAAGUUCGUAGUCCUGUGACACGUAAGUUUUGUUCACUAACACUGGGAAGCUAUUCGUUGCCGCACAAGAAAACGGACGUGUAGUCAAUAUACUAGUUAAUCGGCUUGGUAUUGGAGAGGCUAGUGCAUACCCUAGAGUUUUCGCGUAUUAAGGCCCACCUCGUGACUUUUUCCCCUUGAAUCACCCUUGUUCUGGAUUAACCUUUAUCUUUUCGUAUAUCAGUAUGGUCACCCAAAAUUGCUUUGAAUAUGUACCUGUGCAGUGAAUCGUAUACUACUCAAUCCACCGCGUAAUUGCGUACCGCUACCAGUCCAACAUAGUCUUGAUGCGAUUUCAGAUGUUACAACAGUUAGCUAUAACAGUUGUAACAUCAACAACUACAUUCACAGCAAAGUAAAGAUGUCUUCACCUACAGCAAUUGCGUUCACACGUCCUUCGGAAUAUUUAUGAUUGUUAUUUCUCCCGCUUCUCUCUCUCUCUUUAAUCUCUGCUCUAGUAAAUGUUUAGUAGUUUCAAGUAUGUAGGACAUAGAGACUAUUCUAGAGUGAGAGAGAGAGGAUCAAAUAAUCAAAUAUUCACGUCAUGGGCGCUCUCGGCCCAUUCUGAAAAUUGGAAAUUUCAGAAGGCGGCUUUGCGUGUUUUAAAUUUUUUUAUAAAUAAUAUAUAAAUAAAAAUAGGUAUUGAGUCUUUUUAAUCUUGACUAUGCGAAUUGCCUCGUCUAAAAGACUAAAAUCACCAAAAUAGUAAGUAAGGAAACACAAACAUAGCCUCCUAAAAUUAAAAAAAUAGAUAGAACUACAUGAAUUUCUGUACCAACUAUGUCCAAUCACUUUUUAUUUUAUUUUAUCUAGGACAGUACACAACAGAGUGAAUAGACUGCAAUCGACAAUAUAAUAUGGAAUUCUGGAUGGCGUCUCAUAGAAAGUGAAACAAUUUCUAUUUUUUUUCCACAGACAUUAUGUAGCACAACGCCAAUGGUUUCACAUAGUGAUACAGACUACAGUCUACUCUACCCUCAGGUCUCAGGCUCUCAGCCCUUUAAAAAAAAAAAAAGACAAACAGUCAACAGAGCCCAGAGAGAGGGUACAGACCCGGUAGAGUGUAUACCGCAAACUCUACUGAAUCUACUGACUCUCUCUCUGAGUCAGAGAGAGAGACUGGGAGAGAGAGAGUGUGUGAGUGGGUAGUAAAGAGUAGAGAGUAGAGACGCUAUUACUCAGAAACCAUGCUACAUGCACUGUUGCAGGCUUGCAGACUCUCUAAAUACCACUACUCUCUCUAUUGUGUAAGCGUGAGUCGUGACUCUCGUGAGAGCGAGAGAGAGAGCAGUGGCACAGUGCACUGAGAGUGAAAGUCUGAGACAGACUGAGUGCAGUCGCCAGUUCGCCACUACUACUAGAGAGAGAAAGUGAGCAGUAGAGUGAGUGGUGGGUAGUGGGUAGUGGGUUGUUGGUAGUGAGUACUGGCCCGGGUACUGAAUAGUGAAUUAGUGACCAGGUAGUGACACUGACACAGUCAGCAACUGCCUGGUGGCUAACCUCAUUACGUUUCCCGUUAAAAAAACGCAAAAAAGCGUUUACGUUCAAAGUUUAUCCUAAUAUACAAAUAGAUACAUUUUUUGAAGCGGCCUAGCUGUCACGAAUUGUCCUAUUUUUCGAUUUGUGUCAGUUGUAAAUAGUUUCAAAUCGCCUUUUAAUUAAAGAAAAGGUCAAUUUCUCAGGUG